GGCAUUUCGAGUCAGGCCGAAAAACUUUGUCGAUAAAAUGAGUAUUUGUUACAACAUUCGGAAUAUUCUGUUCAUUUAUAGUUUGUGUCUUGUUUCAACGGUAACAUGUCUGAAAGAUGGAAACAAUACAAUAUUUCAUGCCUCUUUGAAAGAAGACAAUUCAAUUACGCUACACUGGACUGUAGAUUAUAGCUCAGAAAUGGUGACAUUCGAAAUACACCUUCCAUCGAACUAUGGAUGGUUUGCAAUCGGGUUUUCUGACCGGGGAAAACUCUUUCCCGCUGAUUAUUGUUUGUUAUGGGUAGAUCUCGAAGGAAAAAUAUCAUUACAGGAUUCUUUCGCUAAUGAUAAAGGUAUAAUACAACUCGACAAACUGCAAGACUGUGAUGGAUUCAGACUGAAGAGAAGAAAUGAUGUUACCAAAUUCACUUUCAAACGGAAAUUUGAUACUUGUGAUGACAAAGAUUAUAUCAUACAGGAUGGCACUACCCACAUGGUCUGGUUCCGAGGUUAUCACAAAUUAUAUCAACCUAGUGGUCUGAACGUCAGCUCACCUUCUGGAAACCACGGUAUGAUAAGAGUACAACUUCUGAAAAAUACAGAAGUGAAUACAGUUCUACCACCGGAUAUAAAAGUGUUGGACAUCGUUGUCGACAAAAAUCAUGUUCCCGCUGAGGAAACCACUUAUUGGUGUCACGUCGUGAAGAUUCCAGAUGAAUUCAGACGAAAGCAUCACAUCUACCAGUAUGAGUCGAAAAUUCAGCAAUCAAGCCAGGGCUUCGUUCACCAUAUGGAAGUGUUCCAUUGCGAAACAAAUCCGGACGAAGAGAUUCCAUUAUAUGAUGGCAACUGUUUUGCUAGUGAUCGGCCGGCAAAAACCAGUGUAUGUAAGAAAGUUCUUGCUGCUUGGGCGAUGGGUGCACCUCCAUUUAUUUAUCCAGAAGAGGCGUCACUUCCUAUUGGUGGAGAUAAAUUCAACCUCUAUAUCAUGCUAGAAAUACAUUAUAACAAUCCUGAAUUGAAAUCAGGAUUGGUGGACAGCUCAGGAGUUAGAUUUUACGUGUCAGAUAGAUUGAAGAGGAUGGAUGCAGGAGUUAUCGAACUAGGACUAGAAUAUACCGAUAAAAUGGCAAUACCACCUGGUCAAGAGUUAUUCCCACUAUUUGGAUAUUGUACGAGCGCCUGCACAGCUAUGGGUUUGCCACCAGAAGGAAUCACAAUCUUUGGUUCCCAACUGCAUACCCAUCUAACUGGUGCCCGUAUGCUGACAAGACAUAUCGAUGCUCAUGGAAAGGAACUACCGGAAUUGAAUAGAGAUGAUCAUUAUAGCACACAUUUUCAAGAAAUAAGAAGACUGAAAAAUGUCGUGAAAGUAUUACCAGGUGAUAGUCUGAUAACCCGAUGCGACUACAACACACAAGAUAAGGAGAACAUCACACUUGGUGGCUUCAGUAUCAGUGACGAAAUGUGCGUCAACUAUGUUCAUUAUUUUCCUCUUACCGACUUAGAGGUCUGCAAGAGCUCUAUCAGCGAUCAAGCUUUGAUGACGUAUUUCAGCUACAUGAAUGAAUGGGAAGGUCAACCAACCAUAUCGACGAAAGGAAUUUCCGAUAACUACAAAGUAAUCGAAUGGAAUAAAAUUCGAGUUCAACUAUUGAGAGAGGUGUACGAAGAAGCUCCCCUGAGCAUGCAAUGCAAUAUGUCGAGUGGUGACAGGUAUCCUGGAUAUUGGGAAAACGCCAGUAUACCUCCCGUACUGAUACCAUUGGGACCGCCAAAAAGAAGAUGUGCUGAUAUCAAGGAAUAAUAUCAUAUUCCUCAAUCUUGUUAUGAUCGUAUAUCCAC